AUUUUGAAAAUCUCUUCACCCGGAUGCUGUUUACGUGCUUCCUGUCCACGUGAUGCCGGCGGCUACAUCUCAUUCAGCAUGGCUGCUAUCGGCGUCCACUUCGGUUACACAUGCGCUUGUGUGGCGAUAUUUAAGGACGGUCGAGCUGACGUCAUUGCCAACGAUGCCGGAGACAGAGUGACGCCGGCUGUGGUCGCCUACAGGGAGAAUGAGCAGCUCGUGGGGAUUGCAGCAAAGCAAGGACGGGUACGCAAUGCCGCCAACACGGUUGACAAGGUCAAGCAAGUCCUGGGCAGAAGCUUUGAUGACGCAGAGACGCAAGCUCAUAAGUCACAGACAAAGUGUCAGGUUGUAAACCGGUCUGGGAAGCCAUAUUAUGAGAUUACAGCAGGAGAACGGCCCAAAUAUGUUGCGCCGGAGGAUGCCGCCAAACUCAUAUUUCACAAGAUGAAAGAAACGGCUCAGUCAGCUCUCGGCUCCGAUGUGACCGAUGCCGUCAUUACCGUCCCGUUUGAAUUUGGGCCCCCACAGAAACACGCGCUGAGGGAGGCAGCUGAAGCCGCCGGGUUCAAUGUCCUCAGGCUGAUCCACGAACCCGCCGCUGCUCUUUUAGCCUACAACAUCGGGCAGGACUGUUCCGCUCCAAAGAGCCAUGUUCUGGUAUACAAACUGGGUGGCAUGUCACUGAGCGUGACCGCGCUGCAGGUGAACGGAGGACUGUUUCGCGUCCUGAACACCCACACUGACCACAGCAUCGGCGGAGAAAGUUUCACGCAGGCCUUGGCCCAGCAUCUCGCCACCGAGUUCAAACGCACUUUUAAACACGACGUGACCAGUAACGCACGAGCAAUGCUCAAGUUGAUGAACGGAGCGGACAUGGCCAAGCACUCGCUGUCCACACUGGGUUCAGCCAAUUGCUUUGUGGACUCGCUGCACGACGGCGCCGACUUUGACUGCAAUGUCUCCAGAGCUCGAUUUGAACUGCUCUGCUCCUCCCUCUUCAACAAGAGCAUCCAGCCAAUCCGAAGCCUCCUGGAAAAGACCAAACUCUCCACCAGUGACAUCAACAAGGUGGUUCUGUGCGGCGGCUCGGCGCGGAUCCCUCGUCUGCAGCAGAUGAUUCGCGACAUGUUUCCUGACGUGGAGCUCCUGAGCUCGGCGCCUCCCGAUGAGGUGAUUGCGGUGGGUGCGGCCCUCCAGGCGGGUUUGCUGGUGGGUAGGGACCACCUUCUGUCCGAUGAAGAAUCAGUCCAAGUGGAUGUCUCCGCCUCGGACAUCCUACUCAAGGAGAGAGAUCAAUCCGGAGCGGAGGCGUUCACCGUGCUCCUUCCGUCCGGUUUGCCGCUUCCUGCCCGCCGAACUCACACUCUGAGCGGAGGGGGCCAACUCUCCUCCGUCUGCCUGGAGAUUUACCAGCGAUUUGACUCUGAGCAGCCAGAGAAGCUCGCCAAGAUUAUAUUGCGAGACCUGGAGCCCAAAGAGGAGAACCACAACAUUGACACAGUGGUCACCAUGAAACGGGAUGGUUCCCUCCAUGUCGCCUGUGUCGAGCAGAACAGCGGGAGGUCCGAGAUCAUCGACAUAGCAGCCGCGUCAUGAAACUAAAUGACCCCAGACACUAUGACAUCCAUUUUUUUUUUUUUUUUUUUUUUUUUUUUAC